AUGCCGCUUCCCACCGGCGUCUACCGCGCCGACCAGGUCGGAUCACUUCUCCGGCCGCGCGAGAUUCUAGAGGCGCGCGAGAAGGUGGCGGCAGGAAGCUUGUCUCAGGCGGAACUUCGCCAACUGGAAGACAAGCACAUUGCCGACGUGGUGCGCAAACAGCUGCAGGCCGGACUGCGGUCGAUCACUGACGGAGAAUUCCGGCGGGCGUACUUCCACCUGGAUUUCUUGCAACACUUCGACGGGGUCGAGGUGCAAGGCAGCCUGACGUCGACCAACAAAUCAAAGGGCGGGUGGAUGCCGCCUCGGCUCGUGGUGACGGGCAAACUGGGCCACAGCAAGCCGAUCCAGGUCGACGACUUUUUGUUCUUGGAGCAACAGAUCGCGGCGGCGCGGGCGGAAAGCAGCAGCAGCAUCUCCGGCCCGGUGACGACCAAGGUAGCGAUCCCCAGUCCGACCAUGGUGCACUUCCGCGGCGGGCGCGACACCAUCGACCGCACGGCGUACCCGUCGCUGGACGAGUUCUUCGACGACCUGGCGCGCGUGUACCAGGAGGAGCUGCAGGACCUGUACGACGCCGGGUGCCGGUUCGUGCAGCUGGACGACACCAACCUGGCGUACCUGUGCGACGAGAAGAUGCGGAGCGACGCCGAGUCCCGCCACGGCAGCGACGGCCAGGCCCUGGCGCGCCAGUACGCCGACCUGAUCAACCGGGCCAUCGCCAAGCGGCCGCGCGACAUGACGGUCGGCAUCCACCUGUGCCGCGGCAACCACCGCAGCCAGUGGUUCGCCCAGGGCGGCUACGAGCCCGUCGCCGAGGUGCUGUUCAAGCAGCUCGACGUCGACGUCUACUUUCUCGAGUACGACGACGCCCGCAGCGGCGACUUCAGCCCGCUCCGCCACCUGCCCGACCACAAGGUCGUCGUCCUCGGCGUCAUGUCCAGCAAGACCGGUCUUCUCGACCAGAAGGACGCCAUGAUCCAGCGCCUGCACGAGGCCGCCAAGUACUGUCCGCGCGGCCUCGACCAGCUGUGUCUGAGCCACCAGUGCGGCUUUAGCAGUACCAUGGAAGGCAACGAGUUGACCGACGACCAGCAGUGGGCUAAGAUUCGGUUGGAGGUCGAGAUUGCAAAGGCUGUUUGGGGGGGUGCACAGUCAUAG